AUGUUCUCACCUUUGCAUGGUUUCUGGGAGGCCCUUGCAGCCGAGACCUGCCCAACCAAGUUGCGUUUAAAAGAUGAAACGGCUGUGAGUGUUGCUGCGGAGCUACACUGUGAUUCCCAGCCCUUAGGCCUUGUCUUCGAUUCUGCUGGCAUGGUUGUAGACAUUGACCCAGGCGCUUGGGCCGAAACCCAUGGCAUCCAAGUGGGGGAUCAGCUUCUCGCCAUCGGCGGUGCAUCAGUGGAACGCUGGAUCGCGGCGCAACGGCAGAGUGCGGUGGGCCGCUUCACCGCAACGGGCCCGCAACGGGUGGUGGUGCAGUUCCGCGCCACCCCGGAGGAUGUCAAACAAGCCUUUCGGAGCGUCUCUUCCAGCGCCACACAGCGUGAGCGUUUCAGGGAGGCUCUGAGAGACGAGGCGCAACGUUUCCAGUUCCGCGAGCAGCUCCAGCAGCAGUUGCGGCUGUGGCGCCCCAGGGAGCUGUGGCCCUUCCCAGGGCUGCCUUCGAAGGCCGUGGAUGCCGCGGGGGAGCUGCGACACCUCACUGGGCGGGGCGAAGGCGAGUCGUCGCCACGGGGGCCAAGGAUUAAGGAGAUGGAUGUGGCAGCCAGGAAACUUCAGUCCCUGUUUCGCUGGCGGAAGCUCUGGACGCAGCUGGAUACCUCGCAGGAGCGCGCGGCCGCGGCGCGGAAGAUUCAGGCAGUGCAGCGCGGACGGCAGGUGCGGAGAGGCAUCGCGGCGCAGUUUGCUGCGGUCAGCCCGCCUGAAGUGCUUGAACCACCUGAAGCUGAUUUGGCAACGUUGUCGCGGCCACUUCAGGAAGCUCCGGAGGCACCGGAGGAUGGAAGGACCAGCCCCCUUCCCGCCGAAGCGAAAACUCCUUCCGUCGCGUCGCGACGCAACAGCCAAGAAGACACCGUCCAGCUGCACCUGGAAACCGACGCCGUAGCGAAGAUAGCGAAGCCCGUCGCGGCUUCGCCGCCCUCGCGCGCCGCGAUGCUGGGCUUCUUCGAUGCCCCGGACCCAGUGGUGGAGGCUGCGGCGGUGAAGAUUCAGGCCAUGGAACGGGGAAGGCAGGAGCGGAAGAGGCUCGAGGAGCUGCUGGGGGAAGAGGAGCUGCGGGCGGUGAACGAGGCCAAUUUCAUGGAGAUGCUGAGUCCAACGGAACUGGCUAGGGAAGAGGACGGAGAAGGUGCCCCCGGAGGCAUUUUGGAGGCUGCGACGCUUCAACAAGACGAUGGCCAGGCAGGCGAUGUCACAUUGUUGACGCCCGUUGAGGAUGCGCAGGAUGCGGCUGCCACCGGGGAUGCGUUGGAAGUGUUUGCACCGUCUGACGCUGUUGGCACCAGUGUGGCAGAAGCGGAGCCACCCUCGUUUUCGCUCUCGUUUUCCCUGGACGGGCCGAGCGUGAGCCAAGAAACCACCAAAGCUCCAGUGAAGCACCGGGACAAAAAGUUCAAAAUGGCACCUGUCAAUUUCGAUCGGGAGGACCCUGUUCAUCAAGCGCUGGAAAGCACUGGAAGCCCAGCGCGGCAAAGAAGCAACGGCAGCGAUGGCCUGCCGGACAACACCAUAGAUUUCAUCGAAGAAAGCCCUAGCGCUGAACUGGUGCCGCAGUCGGGUCGCUUGAAGCUGCCAAGGGCCAAGAAGUCGCCCCGGACCAAGGCAGAACGGAUCCAACCUCUCAUCAAACCCACCGUGGCGCCUGAAACUUCAGCCAGUGCCGCAAAGCCGGCAGAUUCGGCUUCGUGGUUGGUCGGCCCUGCCGCACCACAGCCCGUGUCGCCAGUGUCGCCCGUGUCGCCCGUGUCGCCCGUCUCGCCCGCAGCAACGUCUGCAUUGAGCUCCGACCUGCUGGGCCCAUCGCCCAGCGGUGGGCGCGCCUCGCUGGUCUCGGGCUUUCGGAUCCCCAAGGGCUCCAAGGAGGACAAGGACGAGGCGAAGGCCAAGAAAAAGAAGAAAAAGAAGAAAGAGAAAAAAGAGGAUGACUUGGACACCUUCGGUUUCGACAUCUUUUGA